AGACUGCAUUCACUGAAACCAAAGCAACAGUCCGAGCAGCUUUCAGAAUGACAGUCUGCAGAAGUGAGCUGAGCGUGUGUGCGGUACGGGGCUCUCCUGCCUCCUGGGCUCCAACGCAGCUUUGUGGCUGAAGUGGGUGCUCACCACCAGAAAUGCUGGGCUAUGGAAUACAGAUGUGGCAGCUCAGGUAGCCCCACGUUGCCUGGAGGAAUACAUCAUGCUUUCCGAUAAGAAGAAAUUGUAGAAGCCAGUUUUUUUUUUUUUUUAACGUCCCCCCCCACAAAAAAAAAAACAAACCUGUAAAGAUGCAAAAACGUAAUAUCCAUGAAGAUCCUAUUACCUAGGAAGAUUUUUUUGAUGUUUUGCUACAAAUGCGGUGCUGGAAUUUAUUUGUUCUUGGAGUGUUCUGCGUGGCUGGCAAAGAAUAAUGUUCCAAAAUCGGUCCAUCUCCCAAGGGGUCCAAUUUUUCUUCCUGGGUGUCAGCGAGCCCUGACUCACAGUGCAGCUGACAGGGGCUGUCAUGCAAGUGGCCCCUUAAGCCAAAGCAAAAGACCUAAGGACGACCUUUGAACAAUACAAAGGAUGGGUUUCAAUGUAAUUAGGCUACUGAGCGGAUCAGCUGUAGCACUGGUUAUAGCCCCCACUGUCUUACUGACAAUGCUUUCUUCUGCCGAACGAGGAUGCCCUAAGGGCUGUAGGUGUGAAGGCAAAAUGGUAUAUUGUGAAUCUCAGAAAUUACAGGAGAUACCCUCAAGUAUAUCUGCUGGUUGCUUAGGUUUGUCCCUUCGCUAUAACAGCCUACAAAAACUUAAGUAUAAUCAAUUUAAAGGGCUCAACCAGCUCACCUGGCUGUACCUUGACCAUAAUCAUAUCAGCAAUAUUGAUGAGAAUGCUUUUAAUGGAAUACGCAGACUCAAAGAGUUGAUUCUGAGUUCCAACAGAAUCUCCUAUUUUCUCAACAAUACCUUCAGACCUGUGACAAAUUUACGGAACUUGGAUCUGUCCUAUAAUCAGCUGCAUUCUCUGGGAUCUGAACAGUUUCGGGGCUUGCGGAAGCUGCUGAGUUUACAUCUACGGUCUAACUCCCUGAGAACCAUCCCCGUGCGAAUAUUCCAAGACUGCCGCAAUCUGGAACUUUUGGACCUGGGAUAUAACCGGAUCCGAAGUUUAGCCAGGAAUGUCUUUGCUGGCAUGAUCAGACUCAAAGAACUUCACCUGGAGCACAAUCAAUUUUCUAAGCUCAACCUGGCCCUUUUUCCAAGGUUGGUGAGCCUUCAGAACCUUUACUUGCAGUGGAAUAAAAUCAGUGUCAUAGGACAGACCAUGUCCUGGACCUGGAGCUCAUUACAAAGGCUUGAUUUAUCAGGCAAUGAGAUUGAAGCUUUUAGUGGACCUAGUGUUUUCCAGUGUGUCCCAAAUCUGCAGCGCCUCAACCUGGAUUCCAAUAAGCUUACAUUUAUUGGUCAAGAGAUUUUGGAUUCUUGGAUAUCUCUCAAUGACAUCAGUCUUGCCGGGAAUAUAUGGGAAUGCAGCAGAAAUAUCUGUUCCCUGGUAAACUGGCUGAAAAGUUUUAAAGGUCUGAGGGAGAAUACAAUUAUCUGUGCCAGUCCCAAAGAGCUGCAAGGAGUAAACGUGAUCGAUGCCGUGAAGAACUACAGCAUCUGUGGCAAAAGUACCACGGAGAGGUUUGAUCUGGCCAGGGCUCUCCCCAAGCCGACAUUUAAGCCUAAGCUUCCCCGGCCGAAGCAUGAGAGCAAGCCCCCUCUGCCCCCCACGGUGGGAGCCACGGAGCCCGGCCCCGAGACCGAUGCUGACACCGAGCACAUCUCUUUCCAUAAAAUCAUCGCAGGGAGCGUGGCCCUUUUCCUGUCCGUGCUCGUCAUCCUGCUCGUUAUCUACGUGUCAUGGAAGCGGUACCCUGCGAGCAUGAAGCAGCUACAGCAGCGCUCCCUCAUGCGAAGGCACAGGAAAAAGAAAAGACAGUCCCUAAAGCAAAUGACUCCCAGCACCCAGGAAUUUUAUGUAGAUUAUAAACCCACCAACACGGAGACCAGCGAGAUGCUGCUGAAUGGGACGGGACCCUGCACCUAUAACAAAUCAGGCUCCAGGGAGUGUGAGAUACCUUUAUCAAUGAAUGUGUCAACCUUUCUGGCAUACGACCAGCCCACAAUAAGUUACUGUGGGGUGCAUCAUGAACUUCUCUCUCAUAAGUCCUUUGAAACGAAUGCACAGGAAGAUACGAUGGAAUCACACCUAGAGACUGAGCUGGACCUGAGCACAAUCACAACAGCUGGCCAAAUCAGUGACCAUAAACAGCAGCUGACUUAACUGAGCUAACUGGUAGCCAAGGGUUGCCACCAAACUUUGUAACCUCAAGGACAAAAUGAGGAAGAUUUGUUCAUUGUGGACUCUAAAAGCAAAACACAACAAAAAUCCCCUGUUAAACAAAAAUCCAAGAUUUAUUCAUGAAAUAAAGAAGACAUGAAUUGUUUCAAGUCUACACUUUGUAAUUAGCUAAGUUGUGCAGUAUUUUUUUGACUUAAACAGAGUAUGACCCUGAAAAAAGAAAAAGAAUCUUUUUUUCAAAACUCAUCCUACCUACCUGUAAAAACUGUACAGAGCUAAUGUAUUUUUCAUAUUGUAAAGUUUCAAUUAUAGAAACAACCGGUAUGUACAGUACCAUAAUUUAAUUACAUUUUACUUUACAAACUUUACACAUUUCAGUUUCUAAAAUUUUAAAUUAACAAAAUAUUAUUUCUUGUGUUAUUCAGAGUUACUCAGUUUUGUAGGGACUGUUUUGUUACUGCUUUUGUGCCCAGAAACCUUGACUCUAAAAUUCUGUGCUGUGCGAAACAUGCACGAUUUUUAUCAUGCUUACUGCGUAGAAUUUUAUCUACUUCUUCCAGAAAUAAUACAUUAACCAAAAAGGAUUUAAUUGUUGAGACUUGUAAGAAGUUCUUCAAUUACAUAGGCAGGUUUUUCUUAUAAAUGAAAAAAAAAA